AUGUCAUCGGUACGGAGCAGCUCUCUUUUCGCAACCUCUAUCCUCGCUAUUCUUGUCUCUAUUGUCGCGUUAUACUACCUCGAGAUGGGACUGAACAUAGACUUCUUGCUACAGGGCAAAGGAACCAUUACAGACUGGGUGAAGCCGGGCGACACCUCGGGCGAGUUCAAGAGACAGGUUUCAUCGUUUCGGAAUUGGAUCUCGAGCGAUCCGAAUGCUGAAUUCCCCGCCGAGAAAGGGAGAUACCAUCUAUACGUCAGCUAUGCGUGUCCUUGGGCACACCGAACACUCAUCGUGCGGAAACUGAAGGGUUUGGAAGAGAUCAUCCCCUUUACCAGUGUACAUUGGCACAUGGCCGAGAAAGGCUGGCGCUUCGCAACGCCCGAUGAAAAAGUCCCCGGCGAAAACACCACGCCGGAUCCUCUCCACCCUAACAACACCCACCUUCGUGACCUGUACUUUGCCGCAGAACCGAACUACGAAGGCCGUUUCACGGUGCCCACUCUGUGGGACAAGAAGAAACAGACGAUCGUAUCCAACGAGUCCUCGGAGAUCAUUCGCAUGUUCUACACGGCGUUCGACGACCUGCUACCCGAAAAGUACAAGAACGUCGUGCUGUACCCGGACUCUCUCAAAGACAAGAUCGAGGAAGUGAACAAAUGGACGUACGACGACAUCAACAACGGCGUUUACAAGAGCGGAUUCGCCACCACGCAGGAAGCCUACGAACGCAACGUCGUCCAACUGUUUAAAUCGCUCGACCGCACCGAAUCCAUCCUGGCCGAAUCCUCUUCCCAAGGACCCUACUAUUUCGGUUCUCAGCUAACCGAGGCCGACGUCCGGCUGUAUACCACCAUCGUCCGCUUCGACCCGGUCUACGUGCAGCAUUUCAAGUGCAACAUCAGGGACAUCCGAAGUGGAUACCCGCAUAUUCACCGGUGGCUGAGGCAUUUGUACUGGAACAUCCCGGCGUUCGGGGAGACGACGCAGUUUGAACAUAUCAAGAAGCAUUAUACUAAGAGUCACAAGCAGAUCAAUCAGUUUGGAAUCACUCCCGUGGGACCGGUGCCGGAUAUUUUGAAGGAAGAGGAAGAGGUUGCUGCGGUCAAGAAGUGA